AUGGCGGACACGCCAGGCUCACGCAGCCGCCGGAAGAGCCUAGGCACCGGGACACCGCGUCGAGGAGCUCCACCGGCGUCGCCGGUGGUCUCGGCGCCGCUGCGUCCGCCGCUCCCGCUUGACCGCGGCACCGGCGUCUGCCGCCUAUCCCCCAGGCAGCUGCACGCUCUCGGCGCUCGGUACGGCGACGCGCUACACGUCGAUUUACUCGGCGACACCGGGUACCUCUGCACCGCUGCGCCGUGGGGUGGACGCUGCGGGACGAGCGACGAGGCAGGUGGCGGCGAUGUUGCGGUGGCAGCAGAUUUGUCCAUGGAGUGCACCCCUCCGGCGCCAGGCUCUGGCGCAGCGACCGACCUGGGCGGCGAGUCCAGCCCCAGUGCCACCGCUACCGCCGCUGUCUCUUCAGCUCGACUGCCGCUGGCGAUCGCCUCGCCGGAGCCGGCGAGCGGGGCGGCGGGCAGCGCAGCACCGGACGACCCAUCGUUCGACGUCUCGGCGCUCCGUGCGGCGCUGAGCGAGAGCUCGUUGGGCGGAUCGACGGCGCUCCUCCGCCUACGCGUCUGCAACGCGCUGCUCGGGCGGUUGGUGCGGCGCGGCUGCCGACUCACUCUGCGGGAGGGGGGGGCCUCCCUCUCCCUCUCGGUGCGGCGCGUCGCCCCUGCAGGUGCUCCCGCCGUCCUCGUCACGGGGGCGACGGCGGUGCACGCGCUCCCGCCCGCCUCCCUGUACUUGCCGCUGCCACUCGAGAGGGGCCUGCUUCUGUACGGUCCUCCCGGCUGCGGCAAGACGAGCCUUGUCGAGCGGGUCGCGCGCGCCUUCCAGCUCCCCCUCCGCGUGUACGAGUCGCCCUCUGCUGCAGCGCCUGCCUCUUCCGCCACCGGCGGGGCCGCCGACGCGUCGGAGCGGCUGAGGGGCCUCUUCGCAUCCGCGGCGGCCGAUUCGGCGGCCGCGUCCAAGGCCGCGGGCGUUUGCGUUCCCGCAAUCGCCUUCGUUGACGAGCUGGACACGCUCUGCCCGUCGCGCGGCGCUCCAGGCACGACUGCCGAGCAGGCGCGAUGUGUGGCCGCCAUGGCCUAUCUGCUUGACGCGCGGCCCGAGGAGCCGCCGCUCAAGCUCCGGCCGACCGAGCUUCCGCAGCCGGCCACCGCAGCCCGUGCGGCCGCCGCCGCCGGACCCGCAGCCGCCACCGCAAGGGGAGGCGCGAGGCGCCGCAGCGGCGGCAGCAGCAGUAGCGGCCCGGCGGAGGCUGCUUGGCCGGGGGCGGCGGCAGGGUCUGCUGCGAUCGGGUCAAGG